CAACUUGUUGCUGGUGCAUCCUUGGACGUGCUGGCACCCUAGUAAACCACAACUUCUCGUGUCGUUCGGAAAACAUGAGUGCACCAGCUAUUUCACAUAGCGAAGAUGGACUCUACGAUAUCCUGCACCGUGGAUCCUCUGCGAUUGAGACAGCAGAGGACCGGGACUCGAAAUUUCCCGACCUUGGCAACAUAAUCGGGCAGGGUUACACAAAUGAUUAUACUAUGCCCACUCUUAGCGGCUGGAAACCCUUUUUCCGGAGAGAAGUCAUAAGUAUUCCUGAUAUCAUUUUUGAACAAUAUAACAGAACGGAAUGUUUCACGCAAAUGGGAUUGUUUGCUGAGAUCCAAAGAGCUUGGAUUACGGUCGACAAUCGAUUGUUUUUGUGGGAUUUCAUGUCGGAACAGAAUUUCCAAGCUUAUGAAGAGCUGAAACACACAAUUACUUGCAUAAAACUUGUUCGUCCUCGAGAAUCUGUUUUCGUUGACGACAUAAAAUAUCUCUUGGUUAUUGCUACAACACAGGAUAUGCUUCUUCUGGGUGUGUCUAUUGAUAGCACCACUAGAGAUCUCUCGUUUUAUCACACAAAGAUGCAAAUUUCAAUCGGAGGGAUUGGCGUCAACUGUAUUGAAGCUACCUUGGAUGGUCGCAUCUUUUUUUCUGGUCGCCAAGAUUCAAACCUGUAUGAAUUUGUAUACCAAAGCGAGGAAGGUUGGUUUUCAAAGCGUUGUGCAAAAGUGAACCUAACGGCAUCCUCUCUCGGCGACCUCUUACCAUCGUUUAUGUACCAAAAGGGUGACAAGGAAUUUAUUGAGCAAAUUGCUAUUGAUGAUUCGCGCAAGCUUCUGUAUACUCUUACGAACAAAUCAUCGGUUGUCUGCUACAAACUUGAAAAAAAAGGCAUUCAGCGUUGUGUGCAUUACUCCUAUCGCUCUAUGCUUUCGCAAGCUCAAAUGCUUAAUGCGUCUUCUGUCUUGCUUGACCCUCGGUUCGUAAAAUUGGUGUCUAUCGUUCCCAUUCCAUCAUAUGAGUCACAACAAAUUUAUGCAGUGGUGAUCACAUCUUCCGGAUGUCGUUUGUACAUGAGAGGCGGACGCAGUACUUCGCCUUAUUUCCAAAAGGCAGACUUUGCUGACCCUCAGUCUGCAUAUCCCAGCACCCUUCAAAUUACACACAUUAGAUUCCCGCCAGAUCAAACUACUGACAACAAAUUUACACAGCGGCAAAAUGCUACUGGACCCUUUAUGACCAAUGUAUCACAAAUGAAUGGCCCCCAAAAUUCAGAUGUCGGAAAGCCGGUGAAACCGUUGCAAUGCAAUUCGCUUAGUACGAUGUUUACACCUGGGCUUUUCUUUGCCUUUACACCCUCUUCUCAAAAUGAUGGCGAUCUUUUAUUUGCAGCUGCACCGGAAUUUGGUAAAAUCGCCAAUCUACAAAAUUCAGGCAAUCAACUUAUGCUUUGUGAAUCAGCAAUGUUCUUGCCUAUUGAGGGUUAUGUGCAAGGAAUUAUUUGUUUAAAUCCUUCCAAACAAUCCAAUGAGUUGGUUUCUCAAUUUACAACGCCUGCCCCUGUGUUUGCUAUAUUGACGAAUACCGGUGUUCACAUAAUUGUCCAUAGAAGACCCCUCGAAAUUUUGAUGUCUGCCAUUCGCGUUGGAGCUAGCCUCACCUCUGGCGUUGACAGUCAAGUUCGUACAUUCUUUGAGAGCUGUGGCCGUGCAGAAGGGUGUGCGACUUGUCUCGGCCUUGUAUGUGGUCUUCGGGAUAGUGCUGCUCGUGAAAAUGGACAGUCCUAUUUUGGAUCAUCUAAAAGCACCCAACCAGAGCUUAUUGAUAUUGCCAAGAAGUAUUAUAUCGAAUUUGGUGGUAAAACAUUUAUUGACCAAUCUCGCUACAACAGUCAACAGGAUGUUCCUUCCUUGGAAUUUGUUCGUCUUUCUGGAAGACAUGAUGGUUUAGCAUCGUGUAUUUCUCGACUUGUUCGUUGGUUUUGGGGACAACCGGUUGUUACACGUGAAGACGGCAAGAAUGUUUUUAAACUUAACGCUGACACUUCUCUGUUGUUGACUGUUCAAUCACAUCUCUUAUCUCUUUAUUACUUCCUCGACAUUAGUCGCAAUCAUAUCGAGGGUCUAGCGGGACCAGACCAUUUUGCUGGUUUCAGUAAUACUAGUGAUGAGUUUGCUCUUCAGGCCGAGCAUAGAGCCCUUCAUGCACUGAUUACUGUUCUAAAACACAUUAUUGAGGGUAUCUCAUUCGUCAUCUUAUUAAACGACAGUACCUUUGGCAGAUUCAACGAUAUUGUCUCUACGAUUGCUCCACCAACACAGGAGGCGUGCAUGAAGCUUACAUUUGGUAAGUUGUUUACUUCGAAAGAGGGGAGAGUCGUGGCCAAGGAACUUGUAAAUACUCUCGUUAAUCGACAGCUCGCUUCUGGUGAUAGCAUUGACACUGUCAGUCAAAUUCUUCGUAAAAAAUGUGGAAGCUUCUGCAGUGCUGAUGAUGUACUCAUCUAUAAAGCAAUUGAACUUCUUUGGAAAGCUAGAGACGCUUUGGAUGCUGAUGACCGUGCCUCGUUAAUCUCUAACUCAUUUGAUCUUUUUAAGAAGGCAGCCCGUGUGUUUUCUCUGGAUGAUCUUAAGGAUGCUGUAAAAGAAUAUAAAUCUUUGGGAGCUUAUGAUACUGCCGUCAAAUUGAUUCUCCAUCUUGCUGCAACUCAGGAUCUGAAGGAUAUUGCUUUCUCGUACAUGGCCGAUGGUCAACCAGAAGACGAUCCUCGUAAAAAGAUUUUUGACUUUCGCAUAGCUUGUUAUGAACUUGUUUUCUCAAUCUUUGAAGAAGUGGAGUCUCUUCCGUUUGAGGAAUCUUCAAAGGCGAGUAUAUCUGUGCACGACAUCCUUAAAAGCAGUAAAGAUGAGCUGUUUCACACUACAUUUUAUGACUGGUACAUCUCGAAAGGUAUGACCGAGCGCCUUUUGGACAUUGAUUCGCCUUAUAUCCAAAGCUACCUUGAAAGAAACAGUGGCUCCAGCCUUAGUCUAGCAAGCUUGCUUUGGCAAUACUAUGCGAAACGCGAAAUGUUUUAUAUGGCAGCUCUUGUGCUCCUUGAAUUAGCCUUAAGCGCGUUUCCUAUAUCACUGGAGCAACGGAUUGAAUAUUUGACUCGUGCAAAGGGCUUCGGUAAUUGUCACAUCCCAAGUUCUUCAAGAGCGAACAUGAAUAAAAUAAUGCAUCAGGUCGUUGAAUAUCUUGAUGUUGCUAGCAUUCAAGACGAUUUACUUAUCGCUAUAAAAAACGAUGCGCGCUUAUCGAAGGAACAAAAAGAUGAAGUUGUAUCUGCUUUGGACGGUCAGAUUCUCAACAUUUCUGAGAUAUUCAACAAAUAUGCGGAUCCUAUGGACUAUGGUGAAAUUUGCCUUUCUAUAUUUCAGGCGUCUGGUUACGCUGGCAUUGAGGUUGUUCGCCGUUGGGAACGGAUCAUUCAACAGACACACGACCAGGCCCUCCAUCUUUAUACCGGUGCCUCAAUCGUUGAAAAUGUAUCAUCUGUCCUGCGCAAGCUUACUAUACGUUUUUCGUCACAGGAGAAUGUCUUUCCCGUGGAACAAAUAAUUGCUCUGGCAGAGAAGUAUGCUUAUGAAUAUCGGGACGAGGAAAGUAAAGAAGGUUGGGUUCCCGACACUUUCACAAGUGCAGGUGUUUCUCAUGAGGUUGUCUUUAUUGUAUUGAAUCAACUUUAUGAUCGUAGAGAAAAACCCUGGCAAACGAAAGAGGCACUUCUUUAUCUUAUCCUUGAUUUAACACAUCUUCUUAAAUCAUGGUGUGAAUUAUGUAUUAAAGGGGGACUUUCGUCAACGGACCGACCCAACUUUAAUGUUUCCGGAGUUUUGGAAUCAAUUGAAAAAUACAAAAAUCUCUUGGUUAAUGAUACCUCGAGUAACUCUCAACGUUGCAAGAAGGAACUGCAGCUGUUGGAGAAUACUAUACGCGAGGAGUGUUAAAAGCAUGACAAAUGUAUAUUCCAUUUGUAAUGUCUUAUUCCUUCCAUCUCUCAAAAAUCAUUGUUCAAAGGUCUUUCGUCCUUUCUAUACCCCUGUCUUGGUCAGGCUUUUGAGCAUGCUGGUUCAAUGGUUGUUAUUAAUGCUACGCUAUGCUAGCUAUAGGCUGCUAAAAUUGUCGCUACAAUAUCACUCGGUUCUUUUUCUUUUAUGACUAAUUUGUAGUAUUUUGAUAAAACGUAUUCUGAUUUAAUUGUAAGAGAAG